AUGCCGAUGGAACUGCUAUGGCUGUGUCUCAACGUGGGAUUGUUUUGGAAAACUUUCCGACUCUAUUAUUGCGAACCGCAGUAUUACUAUUUGCAUCGGAUGCUGGGGCUAGGGUUGUGCCUCAGCCGAGCCUCAGCUGCUGUUCUUAAUCUCAACUGCAGCCUGGUCCUGCUGCCCGUCUGUCGGGUUCUCCUGGCGCUGCUUCGCGGCUCCCAGAAGGUAAGAGAAGUCUUCGUGAUCCAUGUUGCCGCCCACUUGGUGAACGCUUUGAACUUCUCUAUGAAUUACAGCGAAGAGUUCCUCGCGCUCAAUGCAGCCAGCUACCGUGGUGAAGAUCCCAGGAAAUUCCUUUUUGCAACAGUUCCUGGAUUAACCGGUGUCCUUAUGGUGCUAGUCUUGUUCCUAAUGUCUACUGCAUCCACUUAUGCCAUUAGGGUUUCAGAUUAUGACAUAUUUUGGUAUACCCACAACCUCUUCUUUGUCUUCUACUUGCUGCUGAUACUGCACGUUUCUAGAGGAGUUCUGAAAUACCAAACUAACCUAAAAGAGCACCCCCCUGGGUGUUUCGAUCCCAAUGGGACCGCCGAAAAGGACAUUCCAUUUGAAAGUGGCUUCAAAUCGUCUCUCACAGGAAGUGCCGUAGAGCGUUUCCCAGGACCGUUGAUGGAACUGCAGCCACUUCUGAAAAGCAACGUUGCUUGUGCAGAAGAGCCCAAAUUCCAAGCCUGUUUCCCUGAGACUUGGCUCUGGAUCUCCGGACCAUUAUGCUUAUAUUGUGUGGAAAGACUGUAUCGUUAUAUCUAUAGCAGUUAUAAACCUGUCACACUCACUGCGGUGAUCCACCAUCCGUGUGAUGUCCUUGAAAUACAGAUGGUGAAGGAAGACUUUAAAGCAAGACCUGGACAGUAUGUCAUUCUGCACUGCCCAAGUGUGUCCUCUCUUGAAAGCCAUCCCUUCACUCUUACAAUGUGCCCAACAGCUACCAAGGCAACAUUUGGAGUGCACAUUAAAAUCAUAGGAGACUGGACAGAGAGAUUGCGAGAUCAGCUGCUCCUACAUUCAAGCUGGGAUGCCGCGAUUCUGCCAGUCUUCCAUCAAAGAUGUUAUCCUAA